AUGUCUCGUCAGCGUCUUGUCUUAGGCCUCCCGCGUGUCUUGCCGUCGCUGCCGCCUUUGCUUGCACCGCCGUGCGGUCCCUGCGUCGAGGGUCGGCUGCGCGCCACCCCUCACUCCUCCUCCCUUCGUCCGGCCACCGAGCCUUUUGAGACGCUCCACUUGGACGUCUGGGGCCCCGCCCCUCGCCUUGGCCUUGAGCGCGAGCGUUUCUUUUUGGUGGUCGUUGACGACUACUCCCACUACACCACUGUGUUCCCCCUGGCAAAGAAGUCUGAGGUGACUUCUACGCUGAUCAGGUGGUUGCUUACCACUGAGGGCACUCGUGGUCGUCAUGUCAGCUGUCUUCACUCUGACCGUGGGGGUGAGUUUCGCUCCGGCAUUCUCGCUGGAUUCUGUCGCGAGCAGGGCAUUCGUCAGUCCUGGACGCUUCCAGAGUCCCCACAGCAGAAUGGGGUUGCUGAGCGCCGCAUAGGCUUAGUCAUGGAGAUCGCCCGCACCUCCUUGACUCACGCCCGUGCCCCCCAUUUUCGGUGGCCCUACGCGGUUAGGUACGCCGCUCACCAGCUGAACCUCUGGCCACGCGUCUCUCGGCCAGAGGCUUCACCGACCAGUCUUUGGACCGGGUCCCCUGGUGUUGUGUCGAGGUUUCGUGUCUGGGGUUGCUUGGCUCUUGUCCGCGACACUUCCGCGGACAAGCUCUCGCCUCGCGCCGUUCCCUGUGUCUUCCUUGGUUUCCCUGAGGACUCCUCUGACUUCACCUUUUACCACCCUCCCUCUCACCGGUUCUUUGACUCCUGUGACGUCCGUUUCGAGGAGUCCACCCCCUACUACGUCAGGUACCCCAGUCGAGGUCUCCCGGUUCCUCCUCCCCCUCUCUUCCUGACUUCCGCUCCCCCUCCUGCUCCCCCAGUACAGCCUCCCCCCCCUGGUCCCGCCCCGUCAGGUGUGUCCCAGGCUACCCCUCCCCCCUCGGUCGCCCCUCAGGUGCAGCCUCCUUCCCCGCAGUCCUCCUCACAGCCUGCUGCAGACCCUGUGGGAGCCGGUGCUCGUGGAGAGGGCCCUACAGGUGCUAGCUCUGGGGGUGCUGGAGUUGGAGCUGAGCCUGUGGUUGCAGGAGACUCUUGUCUUCUGGGAGCUGGUGCUGGUCCUGCUGACUUUGGGGGUGCUACGCCUCGUGUUCGUCGUGCCCGUGAGGAGCAGCUGGAGUUGGAGAGAGAGGAGAGAGAGUUGCAGCGCCUGGAGGAGCAGCAGCAGCAGCAGCAGGAGCAGCUGCAGCAGCCGCGGCUGGAGCCGCCGCAGCAGCAGGAGGCGCAGGAGCUGGAGCCGCUACAGCAGCAGGAGGAGCAGCAGCAGCCGCCGCAGCAGCAGCAGCAGCAGCCGCCGCCGCCUCCUCCUCCUGUCUCCGGUCUUCGGGCCCUCGGUCUCCCCUCCCGCUCUCCUUCCUCCUCCCCCUCUCCUCCCGUCUCGGGUCCUCCGCUUCCUCCUCCUGACCCCUCUCCAGCUGUUUUCCCUUGUUCUCAGUCUUCGUUGUCCCCUCCUCCUUCUCAGACCUGGGCCUCUCGUCGCUCCCCUCGUGCUCGUCCCUCGUCCCCUGUUCCCGUCACUGACCUUCGUACUGCCUUACUUCGUUCUAGUCCGCCUCGUCCGUCUCCGUCUGUGCUUCCGUCUCCUCCUGAGUCGGCCCUCACUGCUUCGCUUUCUACUCCUGUCACUGACUACUACCGCACGUACCGUCCUGUUCUCUCUCGUGUUCUCGCCUCUCUUGUUACCCACCCUCGUGCCUCUGUGUCCUCUGUCUCCGCUCUUACUGCCGCAGUCACUGAGUUUGCCUCUACUCGCCGCCUUGACUUCGCCACUAGUCUUGUGGCUGCUCCUCCUUCCAGUCCUCUGGCCGUCGGGGGUGUGUCUGCCCUUGGCUGUGACGCCCUAGAGGACAGGCAGUUUGAGCUAGAGUUCCUGGCAGCCGCUUCCCCUCAUCUCUGUGCCAUGGUGCUCGCCCCUGCGGGAGACCCCGACGCCCUUGACAUACCGACUCCUCGCACUUACGCUGAGGCAGUGUCAGGGCCUUGGGCCUCUCAGUGGAGAGCUGCCAUGGACGCAGAGAUGGCCUCCUACAGAUCCACAGGCACCUACGUCGACGAGGUUCCCUCCCCUGGGGCGAACGUAGUCGAUGGCAUGUGGAUCUACAGGGUGAAGCGGCCACCGGGAUCUCCUCCGGUCUUCAAGGGGCGCUACGUGGCUAGAGGUUUAAGUCUGCGCGAGGGAGUUGACUUCUUUCAGACCUUCGCGCCCACCCCAAAGAUGACCACUCUUCGGGUGUUACUGCACGUAGCGGCACAGAGAGACUACGAGUUACACUCUCUCGACUUCUCUACUGCGUUUCUUCAAGGUAGCCUACACGAGGAGGUCUGGCUGCGUCGUCCCUCUGCCUUCACUAGCACUUUCCCUCCUGGGACCCAGUGGAGGCUGAGGCGACCGGUCUACGGUCUCCGUCAGGCUCCCCGUGAGUGGCACGACACCCUUCGUUCUACUCUCGCUGACCUUGGUUUUCAGACGUCGUCUGCCGACCCGUCACUGUUCGUUCGUCGUGGCUCUACAUCGUUCUUUGUUCUAGUCUACGUCGACGACCUGGUUUUCGCCACUGCUGACAGGGUUGCCUUGGCAGACGUGAAGUCCAAACUGCAGAAGAGACACACUUGCACUGACCUUGGUGAGCUGCGUCACUACCUUGGCCUGCAGAUCACCAGGGACAGAGUUGCUCGCACCAUUACACUCUCACAGUCACACAUGGUGCAGCAGGUCCUUCAGCGGUUCGAGCUUCAGCACUCCACAGUACAGCGCACACCUCUUGCUAUUGACCACAGACUCACUGGACCCUUUCCUGACGAGCCGUUUGAGUCCAGUGGUCCCUAUGCAGAGUUAGUGGGCUGCCUCAUGUACCUGAUGACUUGUACUCGUCCGGACCUCGCCUUCCCUCUCAGCGUCCUUGCUCGCUUUGUUGCGCCAGGGAGGCACCGUCCUGUUCACUGA